CUCGACCUCGCCAUCUCUCUCACCCUCCACUCAUGGCCCGCCCUCACUCUUGCUGUCCAGCACUCCCUCGGCGGCCCCGACAGCGCCGAGAAGCGUGACUUCCUAGCCGCGACCCUCUCAGAGCUACUAUUAGCGAAUCCCAGCAUGGACGAGGAAGACGUCGAGGACGUGCUGCUGCAGUACCUCACCGACGAGUUUGAGAUCGAGCUGGAGGAUAAUAGCGAGGUGGACGUCGCGUAUCGGGUGGUGGCGUGGCGAGGGAAGUUGGUCGCGGGGGAGGGGGGGGCGGUGGAAGAGCUGGAGGCGGGGUAUCGGGCGUGGAAGGAGAGGGGCGGGCAGAAGAUCGUGGUGCAUAGGGGUGCCGAUGAUGAGGAGAGUGAGGGCAGUGAGGAGGAUGAUGCGAUGGAUGUGGAUGAUCAGGAGGCUCCGGAACUCGUUCGCACGAAGCCGGUGCCGGAGGUGGAUGAGGAGGGGUUCACGAAAGUCGUAGGGAAGAAAAGACGAUGA